CAGAGAAGAAAGGAUAACAGCGACUUGUCAAAUUUAAAUUUUCAAAAAUAUAUUUCACAACGGGAGAUAAAUUGGUAUUUUGAGUUUUGCGCGUAUUUGUGACUUAAUAAUUGAAUAGAAUGUUGAAGUGCAAUUAAGUUAGUGUCUUGCUACUACGAUUUGCUUAAAUAUAUAAUAGUAAGCUAGUUAUCAUAAAAAAUACUACACGAUGGAUGAACCAACCUUACGUUACGAAAAAAUUGACUUUCUUGGAGAGGGACAGUUUGCCACCGUAUACAAAGCCAGAGACGUAAAGACCGAUAAAAUAGUUGCUGUAAAGAAGAUAAAAAUAGGCUCCCGACUCGAAGCUCAAGAUGGUAUAAAUCGAACAGCUCUGAGAGAAAUAAAACUUUUGCAAGAACUUCAACAUAUAAAUCUCAUUGGAUUAUUAGAUGUAUUUGGACAGAAAUCAAAUGUGUCCCUGGUGUUUGACUUCAUGGACACAGAUUUAGAAAUAAUUGUAAAAGACAAUACUAUUGUACUUACUCCGGCUAAUGUUAAAGCUUACAUGAUAAUGACAUUAAAAGGAUUAGAAUACUUACACCAGAACUGGAUAUUACACAGGGAUUUGAAACCUAACAAUUUGUUAAUAAACCGAGAGGGCAUCUUGAAGAUUGGUGACUUCGGUCUAGCUAAGGCUUUUGGGUCACCAACUAGAAUAAACACCCAUCAAGUUGUGACACGUUGGUACAGAUCGCCAGAACUUCUAUUUGGGGCCCGGCAAUAUGGUACAGGAGUUGAUAUGUGGGCAAUAGGUUGUAUAUUGGCUGAGUUGUUACUCAGAGUACCCUUUUUACCUGGAGAGUCUGAUCUUGACCAACUUUCUCGUAUUUUCCAAGUAUUUGGCACUCCAAAUGAAGAAACAUGGCCAGGCAUGAAGAAUUUGACGGAUUACGUCCAGUUUAAGCAGUUCCCGCCUCAGCAGCUGCGGCACAUAUUCAGCGCUGCUUCUGACGAUCUCAUACAACUUAUGGAGAGUCUGUUGGCGCUGUACCCGCCUAGCCGAUGCGACUGCACGCAGGCGUUGCAGAUGGCGUACUUUUGUAAUAAACCAGCUCCUACUGUGGGCCCUAAGCUGCCAAUGCCUUCAAAUAUUAGCAAAAUUGAAGCCGAAAAGCCCUCGUUGAAAAGAAAGCUUUUGGAAAACAUUGAUGGCGGAUCCUUAGCCAAAAGACUACAGUUUUGACUUAUAUACAAUUUAAGACAUUCUUGAGUACUGCUGGAUUUAGUACAAGAAGAUGCAAUAAACAAUUUUAAGUGAUGAUUUUAAUGACAGAGACUUAUGGUGGAGAUAAAAUGGACUGGAAAUAAAUACUUGCAUUUGUAAGUAAGGAAUAAAUCACGUGCAAUGUUAUUCAAUACUGCGACACACAGAAACAUGUACGAUACUGAUAUUUAGUCCAUGUCAUAUGAUUGUUUAUACCUUUAAAAUAAUAAUAUUUAAUCAAUAUAAGAGGUUGCUAAACUUGAAUCAACGUGAUUGUAACAAAAGUUAAGUAUAGAUUUGUCAUAUUCUGAAAAUAAAUAAAAACAAAACAAAACUUAACAGGACAACAGAACCAAUUGACGGAAGUAAACUGCAAAGACCUGGGUUAUAAAAUAAAACAUUUUUAUUCAUAAGAGAAAAUAUAGAUUUGAUAUUAAAA